AACAUCUCAUCUGCAAAUUUAGAGCUUGAUCUUGAGCAUUAUAUUGUUCCAUCUCCCUCAACUUCUCCAAGUUCAGCACUUGCAUAUGCUGCUAACAGUACAGAGAAUCCCAGAUCACUAGGUGGUGGGUCUGCCAGCAUUUCAUCUUCCAUGGGAGAUGACGGUGUUCCUAUGAUCAAUCAACCAGAAACAGUGGGAGAGGUUCAUGCACCUGAUCAGUCUAAGGUGUACCAAAGUCCUGGAAUGGUUAAAUCGCAGUCCGUGGGAACAAUUUGUCCUCCACAGAAAGAAGGUAGUCUGAGGGGAGUUUCUAUUGACAGGGGUGUAGGAUUUCCCAGACUUGUAAAAUCCUCUAGUUCUGAUGCGUUCACUACAAAUUUUAAUUUGGACCCUGUUACUAAGAAUUCAAUUCCAGCGGCUGCUGGAGCUGUUGCAGCUGCUGCAAUUGCUGAUCAGAUGCUAGGUCCCAAGGAGCAUAGGCAUUUGGCAAUUGUCAUGGUGAGUUUGCCAGCUCGAGGCAAGACUUACACUGCAGCUAAGCUUACAAGAUAUCUUCGAUGGUUAGGUCAUAAUACAAAACACUUCAAUGUUGGUAAGUAUCGUCGCCUUAAGCACGGCUCUAGUCAGUCUGCUGAUUUCUUUCGAGCUGACAAUCCUGAAGGUGUGGUAGCACGUAAUGAGGUAGCCAAGAUGGCAUUUGAAGAUAUGAUAUCUUGGAUGCAAGAAGGGGGCCAGGUUGGGAUAUUUGAUGCCACAAACAGUAGCAAGCAGCGAAGAAACAUGCUCAUGAAACUGGCUGAAGGUAGAUGCAAGAUCAUUUUUUUGGAAACAAUAUGCAAUGAUGUAGACAUAAUUGAGAGGAAUAUACGCUUUAAAAUUCAGCAAAGCCCUGACUAUGCCGAAGUACCAGAUUUUGAGGCUGGGUUGCGGGACUUCAAAGAACGUGUAGCCUAUUAUGAGAAGGUUUAUGAGACAGUAGAAGAAGGAUCUCACAUAAAAAUGAUUGACAUGGCCAGUGGACAUGGAGGGCAAAUACAAGUUAACAAUAUCAGUGGCUACCUACCUGGUCGGAUAGUCUUUUUCUUGGUAAAUACACAUCUUACACCUCGCCCAAUAUUACUUACCCGGCAUGGAGAAAGUCGGUUUAAUGUGAGAGGCAGAAUUGGAGGAGACUCUGCAUUAAGUGAGGCUGGAGAACUUUAUAAGAAGAAGCUUGCUAAAUUUGUUGAAAAGCGUCUCAAAUCAGAACGAGCUGCUUGUAUAUGGACUAGUACACUGCAGCGAACAAUUUUGACAGCAGGACCAAUUGUUGGAUUUCCCAAGAUACAAUGGCGUGCACUUGAUGAGAUAAAUGCUGGUGUGUGUGAUGGCAUGACAUACGAAGAGAUCAAGAAGAACAUGCCAGCGGAGUACGAAUCACGCUAUAAGGACAAGCUUAGGUAUCGUUAUCCUCGUGGAGAGUCUUACUUGGAUGUUAUUCAAAGGUUAGAACCUGUAAUUAUUGAGCUUGAGCGGCAACGGGCACCUGUUGUUGUGAUAUCUCACCAGGCAGUUCUGAGGGCAUUAUAUGCUUAUUUUACUGACAGGCCUUUGCAAGAAAUUCCAGAUAUUGAGAUUGGGGGAAAGACGUUCUCUUGCUUCUACGGCGGCUGCAUCUAGUUUCUUGGUCUUCCUCUUUGUAGGUCAUGCGAAUGGAGGAGAUGGCAGUUGAGGAAGAUGACGAACAUCGAGAAACACGAUCUUGCCGCUGUUGAUGCGCCAGUAACUUGGAUGCGAUUUAGGGUUUCUUUGAUUUGGGAUUUUGUCUCCUCUUUGCAGGUUGACGUUGCUGGUGAGUUGCGUUGCGGCGGUUCGCGCGAAGGAGAUGACGGUGUAAACUGGGCUCGAUGGAAACACGAAGGCGAUGAUGGAGGUUCAAGGAUGCGAACACGACUUCUUGUUGGAUGCGAACUCGAACUCAAUCACGAUUGGGUUUUCGCUUGCAGGUACGGCGAAGAAGCAAGCUUCCAUGGUUGUGCGAGAUUGAUGACGGAGGUGUAGCGUCCAUGGAAUUUGGAUGAGAAUGAAGGCAGCGACGCUUUGGCGGAGAGGCUUGCGUUUGACGGGAUUUGGCGACGAAGAUGGUUGCGCGUCAUGGUGGAAAUUUCGAUGGAGGGUUAGGGUUGCUGGACGUUGGAGAAUUGAGGGUCUCCCCCAAGCGUGAUAAAUGACAAUUGCGUAUUGGUGCAACAGACUUCAAUUUCUUACUCAAACACAUCUUUCUAAAACCCAGAAUUCAAUUUCUUACUCAAACACAUCAAACAACUCUCAUUUUCAUUAAAAUGGAAUAAAGGUAUAACAUAAGUACAAAACAUCAUCCACUCUCGUCAUCAUUGAAACUAAAAUUGUGUUUAUUGUACAUAAAACACAAACCAAAUUAACGUUAA